CACGAACGAUCGCGGUUACAAAAGGCUGUGUGUCCGCGUGGUUACCUGCCUCACUCACAAGUUCACACGAUAUUUGUGAUUGUUUGCUUUAUAUCGCGUAAAACUAAAAUGAUAUACGUAAUCUGCCGGUGAUACUUUUAUACAAUAAUAAUAAAAUAUAUAAAUAUUUACUUCAAUUUAGCUGUGAAGUGUAACUUGUAAACAAACAAAUAUGCCGUACGUCAUGGUUAUGGGAAGUCUUAGCGCACCUCACCUAUCAAAAGAUGAGGGUGCUACUGUGUAUGGACUAAAGAGUGAAGAGCGAGCUUCAUUAGUAAGGGAGUUGAACACAUCUUUCGGCAUGCAGGUAGCAAUGUUAUCAGAGCCGGAGAGAACAGUAAGAGUAACACAGAAAGGGCUUACUCUAGUCGUGGUGAAUCGUCUGCACGCAUUAUUUGGGUACGACGUCGUCUCACACGCCAUGGCAAUGACAAACGCGAAUCGGGAGCUGGUCUCCUUCACUAUGUACAAGAAAACCAGUACAAGUUCACAAAGUCAAGGACAUAGCCAUAAUCAAGCACAUGGCACUGGACACAGUCAUUCACACAGGAAUUCUCCCAAGGGCCACAGCAGUGUGGUCACACUCUGAAAGAUCGUAAAUUUUAAAUGAUAUUACCAUUCAGAUAACGUACCCAGCUGUGCAUAGCAUAGAAGCUUAUCGUACGCCUUCAAAAUUGAAUCUCAUUUUGUAUAAAAUUCCGUCCAAAAUAGUUUUUUUUUUUUAAGCAAACGAUACAUUUUUUGUUACUCGAGCCAGUGUCGAUUGCUCAAUCAGGGUAUUAAAUAAAGAUUUAUUAGUAUAA